GGGAGGCGAGUCGACACUGGCAGCUCUGGCAUCAGAGAACACAAACAGACUGCUGCCGAUACUACUACAACCACUACUAUCAUUGUACUACAAGAGUACUGAAACUGUACUUCAAUAAUACUGCUACUGAACUGUAAAACCACAGGACUGUUAGAGGAAGAGGAAGAGAGCUGCUGCUGGGAGAAACAGAAAAUCAGAGAGAUAAUACUGUGCAAAAGACAGAGGGAAUUGUAAAAACUGGAGGAAAAAGAAGAAGAAGAAGAAGAAGGAGAAGAGUGAGAAUUGAAGGACAAUAUGAAGUUCUUUUUGGGGACUCUGGUCUUCGUCUCUCUGCUGUCAUCCGUCUGCAACGUCUCUCCGUCUUCUCGGCCUGCAGUCGACUGUUCCAGCAUGUCUUUCCGUCUGCGGGCGUUCCGGUUGAAGACCACCUGUAACUUCACCACCCUGAAGGACAAGCAGCUGAAGGAGAUCCAGCACCCGACCACCAUCCGGUACAUCCCGAUCCUGUACCUGGUGGCCUUCGUUGUGGGUCUGCCCUCCAACCUGUUGGCUUUGUGGGUUCUGUGGUUCCGGACCAAACCGCUGCCGUCCACCACGCUGCUCAUCAACCUCACCAUCGCCGACUGCCUGCUGCUGCUGGUGCUGCCGUUCCGCAUCGUGUACCACUUCAGAGGGAACCACUGGGAGCUCGGCGAGCCCUUCUGCCGCCUCGUCAUGGCGAUGUUUUACGGUAACAUGUACGGGUCCGUACUGUGUCUGGCGCUUGUGGCUCUGGACCGAUACAUCGCUUUGGUUCACCCAUUCGGCGCUAAGACCCUACGCAGCCGGCGGACGUCUCUGUACAUGACGGCGGCGGUGUGGCUGGCGGUACUGGCCGCCAUGUUGCCGCUGAUGGUGACGCGGCAGACCUAUGUGCUGGAUGAGCUGCAGAUCACCACGUGCCACGACGCGCUGCCCGAGGAGGUGCAGCAGAACUUCUUCCUGCCGUACUUCGCCACCUUGUUCACCGUCUGCUUCCUGCUGCCCUUCCUGGUCGUGCUGUACUGCCACGGCGCCGUGCUGCGCACCCUGCUGGCCGAAGGGAAGCGGUACGGCCACGCUGUCCGGGUCACGGUGCUGGUGCUGCUGGUCUUCAUCGUGUGUCUGCUGCCCAGCAACAUCCUCCUCCUCCUCACCUACGCAGACAGCUCGCUGGACGGAGACGGCGAGGACGUCUACGUCCCCUACAUGGUUAGCUUAGCGGUUAGCACCUUCAACAGCUGCAUUGACCCCUUCAUCUUCUACUAUGUGUCGGUCGAUUUCCGGGAGAAGGCCCGGAGCGCUCUGUGUUGCCGCGGUGACUCAGAGAACAAACCCUCUUCUCUGGGGAACAAGGUGUCGUACUCUUCAUCAUCAUCGUCGUCAUCAUCAGCCCAGAGGUCAAAGAUCACCGUGCUGUCCGAGUGUGAGACCACAUGAAGAGGCGUCACUCUGUCAGAACCACGUUUACCUGAAGGUCACGUGACCGCUGUCGGCUCGCGCUACGGCUAACGAUGGUUAUUACACGGCUUUGUUGAAUACUCAAUUCUGCGGUCUGUUAUUUCUUUAUAAGAGACCGUUGCUACGGACGCUCUUCUGAUGUCGGACACUGGAGGACCGUUUCUGUGUCAAAUUAUUGAUUUCUUCAGUAAUUAGCCGUGUAAUAAGCGGGAUAAUGUACAGCUGGCGGGUCAUUGUUGUGAAAUAAACCCCUUCAGAGCGAUAAUGCACCACUAGCUGUACAUUAUCUCUUACAUAUUAAUCAAUGAAUCGUUUCAUCCAUAAAAUGUCCAGUUUUUCUUUAAACGUCUUGUUUUGUCAGAUAUUCGCUGUAAUGUGAUAUAAAACAGAAAAAAGCAGCGGCUGUGGCUGA